AUGGCCAAUAAUUCCAAAGAAGAACCAAAAACUGCUCCACAACCAGAUCGGUGGUACGAUCUAACCCUAGGUCCUUCGUUUAAAGAGCAAUCCUCCAAUAAGUACUGCACUUUGCGAUACGAAUUUAAGCCAGCUUCGAUUGAUAAAACUAAGCCUGGAUUAUUCCACAAGAAUAAAGACAAUAGAGUUUCGGUUGAGUUUCAGAAUAAUCAAUUAGGCAAACCGAAAGUCACUUUUGAAGGUAGCAGCGAGGAUUAUAAAGAAAACGAUGCCGUUCUGUUUUUCGAUGGCCAGACUUUUCGAUUGGAGCGCCUUCACCGUGCUGUUAAGCAGCUCAGGCAUCUAAGAUUGCCUGGUGAAUCCGCGGCAGCGGCUGCUCAAUCCCUGCCGGCUGUGGAGGCGCCGGGGUUGUCUCCUUCAGUCGGGAGGGGUGCGAAACCUGUUCAGAUUGGGCGAAAUGCAUUUUCUGCUGUUCCGGUUGAGGUGGAACGGAUUGAUGUGGGCGAGCCACAGGUUUCAGGUGCAAAAGCUGCCAGUAAGAGGAUUACUGAGCAUCCAACCCAUCCACCAAAUGUAUCAACUUCCUCACCAAGCCCCAAGAAUGAUGAAGUUGAAGAACAUCAAGAUAUAGACAUCGAGGACAUUUUUGGUGCCGGCUCACCUGAUGAUGGGAAUGCAAUUGAAGAAAAAGUUGAUGAUGGCUUUGAUAGCAAUGUACCACAGCAAAACAACACUGAUGAUGAGAUUGCUGACGUGGACGAUAGUGGUGAUGAAGCAGACAAGGGUCUCAAUGCUGCAGAAGCCCUUAGAGCCCAGAAAAAUGCAGAUGAGAAGAAUGAGCAGACUUCUAGUUCUAGUAGCAGCAGUGGAAGUGGAAGCAGUGGAACUGGCAGCGGGAGUGGGAGCAGCAGCAGCAGCAGCAGUGACAGUGAAGGCAGCGAUGAAGAUUCAGUCAACUCUAUUUGA